CUGGCUCGCUGCGGUAGAUACGCAUGGUAAGUGGCGGAUGAAGAGAGGCAGAGAUCGCGAUUGCAACAAUUGACACUCAGUCUCAUUGCGAUCGCCUCUUGUUUCAGAUUUUAAUCGCGUAUCCGGUGCUUCAGUUGCGUCGCGAUUAAUAAUAUUUCAGUUUCGUUUUAUAGCGAUCAUUUGUUUGACCUUGCUGUUUACCUCGUAUUUUCUCUGAUGGAUGUGCGAACUUUCCGUGAAGUUGGAUUACACGAUUUGACAAAAGACGAACUCGACAUCACGGCAGACAGCAUUGACCAUCUGAGAACCAAAUUGGAAAGUCAUGAUAUUGUAAAGCUAAGAAAAUUCGAAAAGCUAUCCACAAUGAUUCCCGAUUCAGAUCGAACUUCUGAACCUAUAUUAAACGAAGGUGGACUGAUUAUACCCAAAAAACUUCCAAAUCCUGUCAAGGAAAACAUUGAACGACAAAAUCUUCACAGGGAGCUAUUAUUUAAUCAAAAAAUAGGUAAAAAUGUAUUAAACCAAAAAUCCGAACUACAACGAGCCCUAGAGAAACAAAAGGACAAUCUGGCAAGAAAGAAAUUAGACGAACAUAUAGCGGAGCAAACGCCAGAACUCGAAAAGGUGAUUGCGGACAGAGUGAAACGCCUGCAGAGCUCCCACGAAGAUAAAAAUGAAGAUGACAAAGUUAUAAACAAAGAAUUGCUCCAAAUGCGAAUGAACCUAAAGACUCGAACUGACGCUAACAAGUAGCUCACAAUAAAAGAUAAUCAUAUUUUAAUGUCUAUUAUGUAUUUGUGUAUGUAUCCUUUACCGAAUUUAUUAAAAAUAAUUAACUUCACGUAAAAUGUAGGCAGUAUGAAUAUGUGUAUUAAAUUGCGUGGAGAGGAUAUAGAAAAUACGUAUAUUUUUCCAUUCAAAUAAUAAAUAUGUAGGUAGGAAAAUGUGGUGUAAACAUUAAAGUUGAAUUGUUGGUAUUUGGAUGGGCGGCCAAUUUUUCUAUUAUCUGCAGAAAGAGUUAAUGCUCAAGUAAAAUAGUAACACUUGUUAACCCAAUUUGAACCGGUAUGAUAAGGUGUCUAAUGAGUAAAUUUAUAUUUUUUGUUAGUUAAUAGGAUGCCAAAGAAAUAUCUACUACGCUUCUACGCUAAACAAGUUUGAUCAUUAAUUAAAAUAUAUCAGGAAGAAUUUCAUAUCGCCAGUAUCGGCGAUUUUUACGUGAGUGGUCUGAGAAGUUCGUGGAUUUAUAGUGAACACGACAAUUUAUGACUUCAAAGAAGUUUUUUUAACAUGAUCAUAAUAUUAAAACAUUUCGUCUAGCUCAUUCCAAAGCUAAAAAUAUUCCAAGGUACUCAUCUAUAAUAGCUGCAAUGACUUCUUGAUUGUCGACAAGUGCUGACCGAUUUCAGUUUUAAGAGUAGCUGAAAGUCCGAUGAAACCAAAUCUUGGGAAUGGGAUGGCUGUUUCAGCACUCACUAGGGCAGAUCGCUCAAUUUCCGUAUUACCAAGACACUUUUGUGGACGGAUGCGUUGUCCCGAAGGAAAAUAUUUGUCUCUUUAGGCCAGGUCUGAAGCAUAGAGUCGUAUUCUUCAUUUACAUUUUCCAGGAUAAUCGAGCUAUGACUUUUUCCGUCGAUGUUACCCACCUCACGUGUUUUGGAGCUGAGGAUUUGUAGUCCUGUCGCCAGGGGGGGUACAACGGCCUCCUUAAUUCAGAUGGACUUACCCAAGUUUUUUUUAUAUAUUUUGACCCGCAGAAUACGAAUUUUUUGGGUAACAGUUGAUCCGGAUGUCGAUAAGAUUGUUAUAGACAAAGAACUUGAGGAAUUACAUAACAGCGAUUUCUCGCAAAAGGAAAUAUCUUUUUGUAUUUUUUGGGUAAUUUUAAGCAAACCAAAAUUUUAAGCAAUUCCUACAAGUUUUUUCGUAGAAUGCAUAGUUUUCGAGAUAACCGCGGUUGAACUUUCAAAAAAUCGAAAAAUUGUAAUUUUUGAACCCGAAUAACUUUUGAUUAAAAAAUAAAGUAGCAAUUCUGCUUACCGCAUUUGAAAAUUUAAGUCAAAUUAUAUCGGUUUUGAUUAUUUGCAUUGCUAAAAAUGUAUUAUUUUAUUGUUAAACAAAGUUAUAAACACCUAGUAUGUGAGUAAUGUUUUCAAUGAUUUCUCAUUUAAAAUCGAACGAGUAGGUAGAGUAGCUAGAAGUGCAAGCGAGGCAAUUUCUACGUAGCAUGCGUUAAAACGCAUGUAUUAGGUACGGGAAACACUAUGUGUUUAUAGAUUUGUUUAACAAUAAAAAAAUUAAUUUUUAGCAAUUCAAAUAAUCAAAACCGAUAUAAUUUGACUUAAACUUUCAAAUGCGGUAAGCAGAAUUGCUACUUUAUUUUUUAAUCAAAAGUUAUUCGGGUUCAAAAAUUGCAAUUUUUCGAUUUUUUGAAAGUUCAACCGCGGUUAUCUCGAAAACUAUGCAUUCGACGAAAAAACUUGUAGGAAUAUUUUUUGCUUAAAAUGACCCAAAAAAUACAAAAAGAUGUUUUGUUUUGCGAGAAAUCGCUGUUAUGUAAUUCCUCAAGUUCUUUGUCUAUAACAAUCUUAUCGACAUCCGGAUCAACUGUUACCCAAAAAAUUCGUAUUCUACGGGUCAAAAUAUAUAAAAAAAACUUGGGUAAGUCCAUCUGAAUUAAGGAGGCCGUUGUAUCCCCCCCCCUGGCGACAGGACUAUUGGUUUCUGUCCACUGCUUAUUUAUACUGUUAAUCUUUUGUUUCAGCUAAAAGUCCUUGUUUAAUCCAUUAUAAUAUGACAAUGUAAUAUGUCAGUGCAAAGUUUUGCGCAAGUAUUAGUAAUUUUUAUACGACGCUCUUCCAAAACUAUAGGCAGUUUAUCGAUGAUUUUUUGGAUUUUAUUGGAUACUUUAAUUAAGCUUGACCUCUUAGUGCUAAAAUGGAAGAUAAGAUUCUAUACAAAGUUACCAGCCGCAAUUGAAUUUCGAUCGGUGUUAAACUUCUUUUAGGAACGAUUGAAUAUGGCUGCCUAGUGCGUAAUAAGCUUCAGUUCCGGCGAUUACCUCUUCAUUGGUGCUAAAUUUCUUUACAGCGUGUAUUCUCUUGAGGUCGGCGAAGAGGUGGUAGUCGUUGGGAGCCAUAUCUGGUGAA